AUACAGCAACUUCUAGGUGUUCGACAUUCACGAUACAACAAGUUGGCUACACUGAAACCCACUGAAGCGCAGAGAUUUUUGUUGCCUGUUUCUGAAUGUGAAUUUAGCAUUACAUCUGCAAUAGAGGACCUGAGUUCUAUGUCUGCUUGCCCACGGGGGCAUCGCCCAUUAAGGGCUACUGGCGCUGCUAUUUCCACAGCUGUUGCUCUUCUGGAAAGUUGCUGCUCACCUUACACUGGUGGCCGAAUCAUGGUUUUUACAUCUGGUCCCACGACAGUGGGUCCAGGACUUGUGGUGGAAACCGAUCUCGGGAAGGCAAUUCGUUCGCAUCGUGACAUUUUCAAUGGCAAUGUGCCUCUUGUUGAAAAAGCCCAGGAUUUCUAUAAGAAGGUUGCCAAGAGAUUGACAGACAGUGCAUUAGUUCUUGAUCUUUUGGCUUGCUCUCUUGAUCAGAUUGGAGCUGCAGAGCUUAGGUAUCCAGUUGAAGUGUCUGGGGGCUUAAUGGUGCUUACAGAGUCAUUUGAGUCUGAACAGUUCAAAAGCUGUUUAAGGCAAACCUUCAAGCGUGAGGGUACUGAUUACCUUAACAUGAACUUUAAUGCAACGAUUGAGGUAGUGACAUCAAAGGAGGUCAAGAUUUGUGGUGCCCUUGGUCCUUGCAUCUCCCUUCACAGACAAAACAGCUCGGUUAGUCAUAAAGAAAUUGGUGAGGGUGGGACAAAUUAUUGGAGAAUGAGUACAUUGAACAGCAAAACCUGUAUUGCUUUCUUCUUCCGAGCUGAUUGUAGCCGUGAUACCGAUCCCCCAACUGUCUUCUUUAUUCAGUUCAUGACAAGAUACCGGCAUGGUGAUGGUAGCAAUCGCCUAAGGGUAACGACUGUUGCGAGAAGAUGGGCUGGACCUCGAUCUCCAGAAAUUGCUGCAGGGUUUGAUCAGGAAGCUGCUGCAGCAGUUAUGGCCAGGCUUGCUGUUCACAGAGCAGAGACAUACCAUGUUAGAGAUGUAAUACGAUGGCUUGACAAGAUGCUUAUUCGCUUCACUGCUAAGUUCGGAAACUAUGUCCCUGAAGAUCCAUCUACAUUUCGCUUGUCCACUAAUUUCUCCCUGUAUCCGCAGUUCAUGUACUACCUGCGAAGGUCACAGUUCAUUGAUGUUGGCAACAGCUCUCCUGAUGAAACUGCUUUCUUCCGGUUGAUGUUGAAUAGGGAGGGAGUUGUGGGAUCCCUGAUCAUGAUCCAGCCAACUUUAUUCCAGUACUCAUUUGAUGGACCACCUAUCCCUGUGCUGCUAGAUGUCAGCUCCAUCUCUCCUGAUGUCAUUUUGCUAUUUGAUUCGUACUUCUAUAUAGUGAUUCAUUAUGGCUCGAAGAUUGCUCAGUGGAGGAAACUUGGCUAUCAUAAAGACCCAAAUCAUGAGAACUUACGGAAGCUGCUUGAAGCACCAGAAGUUGAUGCAGAGGCACUAUUGGCAGACCGUUUUCCAGUGCCAAAACUCAUAAAAUGUGAUCAGCAUGGGAGCCAGGCCAGGUUUUUACUAGCCCGAUUGAAUCCAUCUGUGACACAGAAAUCACAGCUUUCUGAAGGAUCUGAAGUCAUAUUCACCGACGAUGUUUGUCUGCAAGUUUUUAUUGAACACUUGCAGGAGUUGGCUGUUCAGGGUUAGCGACGCAUGGACCUGCCCAUGGUUCCGCUAUCUCAGUUGGGCCCAUCUCAGAUCCUGAAGAUACGGCUUUCUGAUAGAUGGAAUGUCAUAUUCACGGGUGGUGUUUACUUGCAAGUUUUAUUGAACGCUUGCAGUAACUGGCUGUACAGGAUGAACGAGUCCAUGUGGAAUUAGUUACAUGUUAUUUGUGGCCGUAUGUUAUCUUGAAAAUAUUGCCAGAGCUCUACUGCCUGGAGGAAUGAGAUCUCCUUGAUUUGUACAUUUGCUCCAGCUCCAGUUUGAUGUUCUGAUGCCGACGGUGACGGAUCUUACCAGUUGCGGUGAAGGUGCUGAACAUCUUCUGCAGAGCAAUGGAGAGGUCCUUGUAGGUGUUGUACAUCUUGAGAUCCACCUUGCGCAGGUAGGGCGCGCCGUCCAUGCUCACCUUGACAAAGUGGGAGCCGUUGGCACCAGCAGCAGCGGCAGCAGCAGGCUGCUGCUUCUCGGUCUCCUCCUCCUUCUUGAUCUUCACCGACUGGACGGUCAUGGCGUUCCUGCGGUACGACCGGACUGGUGGCCAACCCACGGCCUGUGCCCUGGUCGACGCAUAACAAGCGAAAUUAGCCACAAAUUUUACAUUUACCACUUGCAAAUCAGUUCGUAACAUAAUCUAGUUCCAAGUCCAACCCACUGGUGCUGUAAAAACAAAUAAGAUUCUCCAUUGCAAUUGUAGCUGGAGGUUCCAUCCAUCUCGAUCACGCACGUUACUAUAUUC